AGAAGAUUACUAGUACACGCGCAGAGGGGGAGAGGAAGUGACCCAGUCUCAUAGCAGGAGAAACCAACUUGUCUGUUCCUGUCUAAACUCUUAGACAUACAAGACACUCCUCUUUUUACUGGCAAAGCCUGUUUCAGCCCCCCGCCCCCCACCCCGUAUUGUAGGUGAGUUCAGGUUUAUAAUUGUUUGGAAAAGCCUUGUCGGACCGAGCCUUUUUUUUUUGUAAUUCAGGAAGAAGAGAAGGAAGUAAAAGACAUGGACAAAGGAGGAGAAUUAAAAAGAAGUUAGCAUCUACAGUAAAGUCACCUUUUGGAAAAACGACUCCGAAAGAAGAAGUGUCCGGAGAGGAAAGAGGAACAGGAUGGGGAUGGAUUUCAGCACUCUUCGGACCCUCAUCAGCAGAUAUUGUGUUGGUGAGGAGAACUGGGUGGACAGCAGGACGAUUUUCAUUGGACACAAGGAGCCUCCUCCAGGAACAGAAGCCUUUAUACAACAAAGAUUCCCUGACAACAGAAUAGUCUCCUCCAAGUACACAUUUUUGAACUUCGUCCCGAAGAAUAUGUUUGAGCAGUUCAGGAGAGUCGCCAACUUCUACUUUCUCAUCAUAUUUCUGGUUCAGUUGAUCAUUGACACUCCCACCAGUCCUAUCACCAGCGGGCUGCCGCUUUUCUUUGUUAUCACAGUCACAGCCAUUAAACAGGGUUAUGAGGACUGGUUGAGACACAAAGCAGACAACGCUAUCAACCAGUGUCCCGUCCACGUGGUGGAGAACGGGAAAGUGGUCUGCAAACAAAGUCGCAAGCUCAGGGUUGGAGACGUCAUAUUGAUGAAAGAAAAUGAGACUUUUCCCUGCGACCUCAUCCUUCUUUCCACGUCUCGAGAUGAUGGGACCUGCUAUGUUACUACAGCCAGUCUGGACGGAGAGAGCAGCCACAAGACAUACUAUGCAGUUCAGGACACCAAAGCUUACAACACAGAGGAGGAGGUAGACACCAUCCACGCCACCAUAGAAUGUGAACAACCACAGCCGGACCUGUACAAAUUCGUUGGCCGUAUCAAUAUCUACAUGGACAAUGAGCCAGUGGCCAGGCCAUUAGGAGCAGAGAACCUGUUGCUCCGAGGAGCCACACUCAAGAACACUACACACAUAUAUGCGGUUGCCAUCUACACUGGCAUGGAAACCAAGAUGGCUCUCAACUACCAGUCCAAGACUCAGAAACGGUCCGCAGUGGAAAAGUCAAUGAAUGCCUACCUGGUGGUCUACCUGUGCAUUCUCAUCGGCAAGGCACUCAUCAACACGGUGCUGAAAUAUGCGUGGCAGGCCGACCCCAACAGAGACGAGCCCUGGUACAACGACAGGACCGACGCAGAGAGACAGAGGCACAUCGUGAUCAGGGCAUUCACAGACUUCUUGGCCUUCAUGGUUCUUUUCAACUACAUCAUCCCUGUCUCCAUGUACGUCACUGUGGAGAUGCAGAAGUUCCUAGGCUCCUAUUUCAUCAUGUGGGAUGAUGAAAUGUUUGACAAGGAGCUAGGAGAGAGAGCCGUGGUCAACACGUCGGACCUGAACGAGGAGCUGGGACAGGUGGAGUAUGUGUUUACAGACAAGACAGGGACUCUGACAGAGAACAACAUGGAGUUCAUCGAGUGCUGUGUGGACGGACACGUUUAUGUACCUCAUGCUAUCUGUAACGGACAGGUGAUGCCUGGUGCAACAGGUAUGGACAUGAUCGACACAUCGCCAGGUCCUGGGGCCAGGGAGCACGAAGAGCUGUUUUUCCGGGCACUGUGUUUGUGCCACACGGUGCAGGUGAAGGAGGAGGAGACGGUGGAUGGGAUCAAGCAUGGCAUCCACCAGGGCAAGUCCACUUCCUUCUACAUCUCCUCAUCUCCAGACGAGGUGGCGCUGGUGGAGGGCAUGAAAAGGCUCGGUUUCACCUAUCUGAGACUCAAGGACAGUCACAUGGAGAUCUUGAACAGGGAGGAUGAGAUUGAGAGGUUUGAGCUGCUGGAGGUUUUGACAUUCGACUCAGUCAGACGGAGGAUGAGCGUCAUUGUCAGGUCCAGCUCUGGUGAGCUCUAUCUGUUCUGUAAAGGUGCAGACUCCUCCAUCUUCCCCAGGGUUAUAUCGGGCAAAGUGGAUCAGGUUAGAGCUCGGGUGGAGCACAACGCAGUGGAGGGUCUGAGGACACUUUGUGUUGCCUAUCGGCCUCUGAGUCCCGAACAGUACCAGGAGGUUUGUCACCUGCUGAACGGGGCCAAGUUGGCACUACAGGACCGAGACAAACGACUAGCCGAGGCCUACGACCUCAUCGAGAAAGACCUCAUACUCUUGGGAGCCACUGCUGUGGAGGACAGGCUCCAGGAAAAAGCGGCAGACACCAUUGAGUCUCUCCACAAGGCAGGUAUGAAGGUGUGGGUGCUGACCGGUGAUAAGAUGGAGACGGCGGCUGCAACCUGCUAUGCCAGCAAGCUGUUUCGCCGUAACACCCAGAUCUUGGAGCUGACCACUAAACGUACUGAGGAACAGAGCCUUCACGAUGUCCUGUUUGACCUGAGCAGGACCGUCCUGAGGCAACACGGAGGCAUGACCAGGGACACCUUCUCUAGUUUAUCAGGUGACUGUACUGACUAUGGUCUGAUCAUCGAUGGAGCCACUCUCUCUGCAGUGAUGAGGCCCACCCAGGAGGACUCUAUUUCAGGGAACUACAAAGAGAUCUUCCUAGAAAUCUGCCGCAACUGCAGCGCCGUGCUCUGCUGUCGAAUGGCGCCACUCCAGAAAGCACAGAUUGUAAAGCUGAUCAAAGCCUCCAAGGAGCACCCGAUCACACUGGCCGUUGGAGACGGAGCUAACGAUGUCAGCAUGAUCCUAGAGGCCCAUGUUGGCAUCGGUAUCAUGGGUAAGGAGGGUCGUCAGGCAGUGAGGAACAGUGACUACGCCAUCCCAAAGUUCAAACAUCUCAAGAAAAUGCUGCUUGUCCAUGGACACUAUUACUACAUACGCAUCUCUGAACUUGUGCAAUACUUCUUCUACAAGAAUGUCUGUUUCAUCUUCCCCCAGUUCCUCUACCAGUUCUUCUGUGGCUUCUCACAACAGCCACUGUAUGAUACAGCCUACUUGACUCUGUACAACAUCAGCUUCACCUCGCUGCCCAUUCUGCUCUACAGUCUCAUAGAGCAGCACAUUAACAUGGAUAUCCUGAAGAAGGACCCAUCUCUCUAUAGAGAUAUUGCUAAGAACUCUUUGCUGCGGUGGCCCAUCUUCUUAUAUUGGACUAUCCUGGGUGUGUAUGAUGCCAUUGUGAUGUUCUUUGGUGCCUACUUCCUGUUUGACAACACCACCUUCACCAGCAAUGGACAGCUAAUGACAACCAACACACAGAUGAUGUUUGGAAACUGGACAUUUGGGACGCUGGUCUUCACUGUGCUAGUAUUCACUGUUACAUUCAAGUUGGUUCUAGAUACUCAUUACUGGACUUGGAUCAACCAUUUUGUCAUCUGGGGCUCACUGAUAUUCUUUGUGGUAUUCUCUCUGCUGUGGGGAGGAAUCAUCUGGCCUUUCCUCAACUACCAGAGGAUGUACUAUGUGUUCAUGCAGAUGUUGUCCAGUGGUCCGGCCUGGCUCAGCAUAAUCCUUCUGAUAACAGCCAGUCUGCUGCCAGAUGUGGUGAAGAAGGUAAUCUGGAGGGCGCUGUGGCCCACCACGACUGAACGCAUACAGAAUGCUGAUAAACUCUACAAGGGCCAGCUGUCCGAGUUCACCCCCCUGGCGUCUCUUCACGCGCCAUCCAAGGCUGGCAGCCACCGGCGAGGCUCGGGCAACGAAAGAAACGCCCCAAACCCUCGAAGGACUAACUGGUGUUGCCUGUGUGCAAACAUAUUAUCGCGAAAUACUCCCUAGGACUCUCUACGACAUUGUAAGGAGGAGUGUAGUAGAGCAGUAAAGCCUAAGUGUUGGAGAGUUGGUCUUUUUUCCUGUUUCAUUAGUCAGUGUUUAUUAUGGCUUAAAGGAAGAAAGACCAAAUUUAGCUGCACGUCCAACACUUACGCUUUCAAACUCACAUUUAGGUAGUCUAGAGUAAUUGGUGGAAUGUGUGUGUGUGUGUGUGUGUGUGUGUGUGUGUGUGUGUGUGUGUGUGUGUGUGUGUGUGUGUGUGUGUGUGUGUGUGUGUGUGUGUGUGUGUGUGUGUGUGUGUGUUCGCAGUUGUUUGUGUGUUGCAUUCAUUUCUGCAGGAUCCCCUUCUGUCUUUUUGUCUUUAAAGCACUUUAACUGUAGACCUUCUUCUUAAAUGUAUCUAUAAUGCUACUGUAUAUGCAAAGACCACAUUUGUAUAUGGCUUAGAAAUAGAUAGAUGGUAGAAAUGGCUAUAUUAUGGCUUCCCAGCUGUUUCUCAAUGCCUUAAUGCCACCUUGUAAAUACUACAUUAUCUUCCACAGAGAUUUUUUACCAAAGAAACCGACAAUAUGAUGUCUUUUAGACAACAACUGAUGGAUACACUGCAGUGCUAGGUGAAGUGUGUGAUCUAUGGGUCAGUGUACACACUUUAAAUAGUAUGACAUUUAGUGGAUGUCUUUAAGGAAAAUAAAAAUGAUGACGGUAGUAAAAUGCAGCUCUCUAAAUAUGUGUAAAACGUUGGGUGCAUGUCAGUUGUCAAGCUUUGAGAGCUUUGAUUUUUUAAUUGCGUUCACUUUCCUCAAAGCACCUUAAAAGUUAACAUACGAAACAUGUCCGCAUUCAAAUCAUCGUAACACAACAAAAUGAUUCUAUCAAGUGCCCCAAACUACUUGACGCCUUAAAUAAAUUAAUAUGCAGGUUUUCUUAGAUUUGAUUAUUUAACACACAGCCAUUUAUUGAUAGGAACACAGUAUGAAGUUGGAGACAGCAGCUGGUUAGCUUAGCAUAAAGACUGGAAACCAGAGGUAACAACUAGCUCUGGCUUUGUCAAUACAAUAAAACAGUUCCCCAAAUGUCAAACUGUUUCUAGAGGUAUAAGAUUUAAAAAAAAAUGGAACUUCAUGCAGCCAAAGGAAAUGUGAGUAUCAGACAUGCAUACCUAUUGAUGUAUUUUAGGUUACAGCGUCUAAUAGCUCAGUGUUAAUGCUCUUCAUCGCCUUAUUGUUACUAGAGUCCAAUGAGAUUCCCUACCUUGAAAAGAGCCUUUGCAGUGCAGUCUUUAAAUUCUGUCUCAUACUUUCCUGCUUCAACAUGUAUCCUCUCUGACUUUCUUUCUAGCUGUCUCUCUCUUCCUGUCCUUCUCUCAUUCCUUUUCUGGUGACGUGAUGCUGAUGUGGAAGUUUUCCUAUCUCUGUGAGAGCUGCCUCCACCCGUCUGAUCAUCCUCUCGUGUGUCCAUUUCUGCAUCUUCUCGGACAUUCAUCCAUAUAUCCAUCUAUCAAUGUGAGACGGAGUACAAAUUCAGUUUUCUACUACUUUUAAUAGUACUUCUAUGAACCAAAGCCUUGUUGCUGCUAGAGAUCCUUUUAGCUGCUUUACAUUAGGUGCCUUGUGGUAGUUUCUCUCUCUGCUGAACUGUCUUUGCUUGCUUUAUGGUAAAUUUACCACCAAUAAUAGGCAUUUGGAUCCCACAAAAGCACCGCAGAUGAUGGAUGAAAGGAUGCAUGACUGAGGAGUGCCUGAGAGAAUGGAUACGUGAGUGAAAAGGUGAAAGUAAAAAACGUUUUACAUAGGUUAUACUGUCCAAGAAGACUUAUUUGGAACAAACAACCCUGAAAUAUUAUAAUUUAAUACAUAAUCAAUGAACAAAUUAAUUAUUUAUUGCACCAAAACAUUCAAUGAUUCACAUUUUAAUGUUUUUUAUUGUUUAUAUUCCAAAUGUUUUAUAUAUGUCCAGGAGGGCAUAUGUCUCUGAAAUUAUAUUUGUAUUGUUUUCUAUUAUGUGCUGUGUGUAUAAUUCUUCUUUACCAAAUUAAGAGUGAGUGAAGGUCUCAGAGCACAAAAUAUAUCAGUCUGAUGUGAUGUUGUCUUUAACUUUAUUUCAGUGAGAUAGAAAACUUGAAGAGCUCUGUUUGAUCAAUGUUACAAAUGUGUGUGUGUGUGUGUGUGUGUGUGUGUGUGUGUGUGUGUGUGUGUGUGUACAUUUCCUUUUGAAUUUGUUUUUCUUUGAGUUCUCAAAAUUCUGGUUUUCUAUUUCAAGAUUUAUAUAAAAGUAACCGUAAAGCAAAGGGGUUCUUAUACUGUCGGAUUCUGUGGUAAAAUCCACAGAAAUUGUCUCUAAACUUAAUUUGCAAAACCAUAACCUAAGAACCUAUUUUCUUACUCACCUCUAGUGGUAUCUGGUCAUGCAGAUUGGAACUACUUUCUACAAAAGCAGUAGUCCCAACUUUUUUACAGUGAAGUCUGUGGAAUAUCGGGCUGGAGACAGAAAUCUGAGACUGAUCUCUCAGAACCUGGGCAGAGAAAACUAAAACUAUCUGCAUGGCUAGAUACUUCAAGUAUUUCCUUGCAUUCAAAUGACCCAAUGCAACGAACAUAGCCUCAGAGCACUAGCCAUGGAAGAGUAAAUAAGCAUUUCAAUUGUCCUAGUCUUGCAAUCUAAAGUCAUGUAUAAUCCCUCCGUCACAAUUAGGGAUGGGCAUCGAGAACCGAUUCCUACUCGGAAUCGUUUCAAAAAUUAUGAUUCCAUCGGAAUCGUUUCUUUAUUGGAAUCGUUUGGAGGAUUUGGUUU